CAUUCUUUUUAUAGUAAAACGAUAAUGAGAUAGCCACGAAAGAGAGACUGAAUACAAAGAUGGCGCUCCCAGUUUUGCUUGUAGUGGAGAUGUUUUGCACGGCCCCUUAGCCUGAUAGUUUUUUGUCUGCCUAAUUUAGGAAUUCCAGAAAGCGCUGUCAUGAUGCAAAUACCAAAUUGUUACCCAGCCAUACCAAUUGUAUGUUAAAAAGAUAUUCAUUCCAAGAAUGAAAGGACUGUCUGGAGGCAAGCAUGGCAAGAAGAGCAAAGAUAAGAGUGAUUCAAGAAAGGGAAGAAAGGAAAAAUCGAAAAAAGAUGCAGCCAAACCACAUUUUAUGCCAAUGUUUCAAAGUGGUGAUUGGGAUUUGAAAGAAUUUCUUGAAAGUCAAGAGUGCAACCUCAAGCCCAAAGAAUCGAUAAGCAGAAGUUCGCGGUUGUCGCCAUCUUUGAAAGAAACUUUGGCAAGUCCUUUAGCUCUGGCCUAUUUUAUGGAGUAUCUUGAAGCAAAAGACAUGAAGCAUUUAGUUGAUUUUUGGCUGGCAGUCCAAGCGUUUGAAGUUGUUGCAUUGGAGAGAUCCAGAUUGAACAGCGAUGAAUCUGUCUGUAAGAAUCUAGUUGGAACCACUGUCGAGAAUGAUUGUACUAACCUCGAUCUAUUAGGUGAUCUGGACUAUUGUUUUGAAUGUAGGAAUCUUCGAGAGAGAGGAGAUUCAUCAAAUUUUAGGUUAAAGUCGAGGGGUUUGCAGUGUGGACAUAGAAGUAAGGAAAAUCAUUCUGCCAUAUCUGUGAAUAGUUUUGCUGAAAACCACCUCAAUGGCCAUGCAUGUUCUAAUUCAGAAUUGAACAAUUCACAAAAACACCAACACAGUCACACAUUUUCUGAAGUGCCUGGACAGAAGGACCUAGUUUCAGUUGGUCUUAACUUUGCACAAAACUGGGAACCAUUUUCUUCUCAAACUGACACUGAUUGUCCUACUAAGGCUGAAGGGAAAGAAGAUAAAAGAAGAGAUUCUUACGUUGCGCGAAGAAUCAUGUCAAAGCAGACUAGAAUCCGAACGAAAAGUGCGGUAGUAGAUGCGGUUGGCCUUUACGCGCGGUACAUCUCUCUCGAUGCCGAUCAGCCCCUGGGUUUGCCUUCAAGAAUCAGAAACCAUAUUGAAGCUGAAAUAUGCAGACACCAAGACAACGUUAAUCCUCACUGCUUCAAAGAUGCCCAGGACUUUAUUCUCGCUGAGCUUGACCCAAUUCACAAACAAUUUUUGGAAUGUUCACAUGGCAACAAAUAUAAGUUAUACUUAUUAAGAGAGACAAAAGCAAGAUUGCAAGAUAUUCUUUAUAAUGAAACAUCUCUGUUCUACUUUAUGGAGCAUCUAGAUAGGGAAAAUUGCAGAGAGAUUUUAGAGUUUUGGUUGAUGGCGGAGAAUUUCGAACAGAAUAUCCAAAUGAAGCUAAGCAAACGCAUUUACGACAGCGCAGAAGCCCUGGAAGAUGCAAUGUCACUUUAUGAUAAAUACUUCUCAAUGCGCGCCAAACAUCAGAUUAUCAAAGAUGAUAAACUGCGAAUUGUUAUCGAGAACAACAUAUGUCGUGAAGACGGCCCGCAGCCAAACUGUUUUUGUAUACCGGUGGCGUACGCUUGGACUGCAUUGAAAGAGAUUUUCUUUGAAAGAUUCUUGGUAAGCGAUAGUUUUAUGCAACUGCUAGAAAGCAUUUGUAAAGGUUCGGUAGAGCAUCCGGCAAACGAUGAAGUGUCAAGCACCAUAUCCUCAGACUCGCGUAGUGAAUCAACCGAAUUUUUACCAAAGUCGUUAUCAGAACCGGAUUUUUUAGACCAGGACGCUGACGACUUAUGGCACCGGCCGGACGCUGGUCGACUGGCGAUGGGAUAUGUGAAUCCUCUUGGGGUUUUCGUGACUGAAAUUGACUCAGCAGAAGGCGAAACAACGAAUGAAAAAUCGUCAGUCUCCAAGCUUGGUAAAGCCAUGAAGAAUUUACUUAGCAGAGAAAGCAAAGAGGAACAAGAGCGCAUUGCCUGGGAGAAAGCCAAGAAAUUUGUUGAAGAUGUCCAACGUCAGGCAAAUAGAAAUAAAAGAACAGGGGGGUCUUCUUUUUCAGAAUAAUCAUCAGACCUUCAAAUUUGACUGGUCUUUAAAAAUUCUAAUUUUUAUAUUGUGAUUAACAUUUUUUCCAGAUAUUUCAUAUAAAAUUAUAGAAUAGUGUAAUCAUAGUCUAUAAAACUGAAUAAUAUGCUGGCUUAAUUAAAACGGCGAAGAAUUUAGAGUAACCUCGUUAGCUUUUGAAAUUUCGAAAAAUUAAUUCAUUGAUUUCCGAAAAAUCAAUUUAAAAUUGACAUUUGUAAAUCCCCAAGAUGUUUCUGUCCCCAUGUAAACACAGCUCUGUCGAUAUUGUGUUUUUUCCAGUUUUUCAAAUCCCAAUUUUUAGUCAUAUACUGUAACACCAUCGGCCUAGUUCCUAGGAAAUUUAAACAACAAAGCUGAUUUGUUAUUCCGUGUCUUAUGAUAUGUUCUUUGUACCCUGCUGGCUGUUUUGCUUUCAAAGAUGGCAAACUUCUUGAUUCCUAUCCAUUUUCUAUAAGUGCUAUUGAGCUCAUCGAAUUCAUGUUUAAUAAUCGACUAGAAAUCUUUCUCUUUCACAAUCAAGAUUCUCUCUGGCUGGAAAAAAGUCAAUUUACCAUUUCAACCAGCAUUUAGGCCAUGGUUUUCAAACCUGAGCUUUGUGUACUGAAUUUUCGGAUUGCAUGGUGUACAUUUGUCUUUGAUGGCAUAACUGAGCAACCUCCUCGCCAUUCUCCAUACCAAAGCCUCGAAUAUAUUUCUAUUCACAUAUGGUUCCUGAAAAGAGAACCUUUAUUAAAUCGGCAAUGGUACGCAUACUCGUUGUUACUAAAUUAGAUUUCUUUACUGAUUUUGUUUGUUUUGUUGAUGCAAAUUUCACAGAUUUUUUAUAAGACCAAUAAAUAUAUUAUGAUGCUUUACUUCAUCCUUCUUUUCAGCCAAUAUUUGAACUUUAGUUCAACUGAUUACAAUUUAAGUUAACUGCAUCUUCAGCAAUUGAUUUUUCAUCUUUUCAUUAAUGAUUCAAAGAGUUCGUCAGUGAUUGAUAUAUUCAUAAUGUUAGCUGUUUUUGAAACGUUUUUCUAAUAUAACAAUGAUUGUA